AUGGCUACGAAAAAAGCGGAUAAGCACAUCUUUCGGAGGCUUUCCCAGGUGUAUGUUGAGAUUCCCCCUUCACCCUUGCACAGGUCUCGCAAUGCAUCCAUUUCUGCCCCACACGUGUCUUCUGUCAACCAAAGCCGCAAAGAAAACGCGUUGCUGCCUCUUGCUAACUCCCAAAUGACACAUAACCAACCCUCUAACUCGCACAAGAAGCGCAAGCGCGACACUGAAGAAUCCUCAGAUAUGACUCUCGUCGAUAACAGCCAACCGAUUAAGAAGUCCAAGUCAAGUGGGACGAAAGGUCCUACUGCCGCUGGGGAAUCUAUUAAGCCCAAAGUUUCAGACGAAUUCCCUGAUGGUUAUCAUUAUUGUCACCAGUGCUACAGGAAGCGCGAUCAGUCAGCGAUUAUUCGUUGCACCUUCAAGGUUACGAAAGAACAGAGUUGUGGGGCAAAGUAUUGCAAACCUUGCCUAAAGAACCGCUACGGCCUCGACUUUGAUGCAAUCAAAGCAAAAGGCGAGAUAGCCAAAUCCAAAGAGAGGUCCAAGCAUGCCGUCGGGCAGGGACAUAUUUUCAAGUGUCCGAGGUGUAACGACUCGUGCAACUGCGUCCGAUGCAGAAAGGCAAAGGGUCUCCGACCGACAGGUGCAUCAGGGAAGAAGUCCAAAGACCCUGCGGCCGCUAGGAAGACAGAGACUAAAAAGCCCCGGGCUGCACCACGGCCGAAGCUCUUACCAAAGCCAGUAUGGACUGGUGUUCCCAUCUCUCUGUCUCUAAGUGAUGCAGAAGAUCGCUUUCAUAUUCGGGAAUUUGUUUUACGUUUUGCUUCCGCGUUGGGUGUUUCUCGAACACACGUAGAAGAGCUAGAGGAAAUCCAAGGUUUUAGGGGUCGCGGAUCUGAAGAUGAUGAUGACGAUCUGGUUGCCUGGGUUAGUGAGCCAUGCGUCAAAUCAAUUAUCCUCGGGCUGUUGGGAAUGCUGGAUCUGGAUGGAGAAGCUGCCAAGAGUACAGACGCGGCAAUCAAGGAAAUUAGACACAGUGGAGCAAAUCUUAACAAACUAUGGGCAGAACUAUCGUCCCUGCGCGAUGGUUGGAGUCGGACGAUAGCAAUAUCUUCGAGCUCUGCUUCUUCCGGCAAAAGGCUAACAUUCCCUGACCCCCUUCCUCCACCUGAGUCUGCCACUGUUCACCAAACUCGUAGUGGCGCCGCACAGGUAAAUGCAACGGGAGUAAAUGUCGUUCGAACUGCACAAUUGGUUCCUAUAUUGCAUGCUCUGGUGGACGCGGUCAUAGAUACCGAUGCUGUCAGGGAAGAACUGGAUUCAGGGUUGCAAGAGGCAAAAGAAAGAGCUAGAGAAGCCCGCGAAGGCCUGAAAAGAGAGAAUGAACGCUUCGAACAGGAAAAGCAAGAUGAAGAUAAGAAGGAUAAAUCAAAGCUUCGACGUCAUAAACGUAUGGCAGCGGACAUCGAACAAGUACUCAAACUCUCUACAUAUGCAUAUGCUCCCCGUUUGUCACCUCUGGGCAGGGACCAUGAAGGACGAACUUACUGGGCCCUUUCCCCUGGUUUGGUGGAAACAGAGGCUGCACUCGAUACCCUUUCUUCCGUAUCUCAGGGCAAGACAGCCUCGAGAAAAGCUAGAGGUCGCAAACGCAUGGUUCCCUCUGAAGAGCACCGCAGUUCUCUGAGAAAAUGGUCCUGGUUCAUAGGUGUUUGGGGUAUGCUACCUCCGCCUGAAGAACGCAAAAUCAUCAGAGAUUCGGAAGAUGACAUCUCUGACGAUUCCGUAGAUGAGGAAGGAGAGCAGUGGUGGGCCUUCUGGAAUCCCGAAGAGAUAUCCAAAUUGGCGACGUGGAUCGCUUACAAAGCUGGCCUAUCAGAGAAAGAAUCAAGGCCUAAUGAGGAUGAUCGAAAUACGCAUUCAGGCAUUCCUCUUGUGGAGUCGUCUGUCAAUGGCGAAGAAGUAGACGACUCUCCAGAUGAAGACGACAAUGAAAACGACGAUUGUAUGGAUUCGACGAGGAUGCCCACUCGGGGCCAGCUGAAGAUGUUAAUCAAGGGGUUGCAAGAAUACUCAGCUUUGCUCAAGUGGCGUACAAGCAGAGACGAAGAGGACCAUAAAAUAGCCCUCGGUGACAGCUGAACCCAAGAAAAUUACUGUCUCUUUCAUUAACAUGUUCGUAUACCUAACUAAUUUGCCAUGUAUUCAAGUACUGUAUAUGGACGUCACAUGGCUUUCCUCUAGAUCAUUAUUCUUACAAUAUUGUUAUGUACUGUUUCAUUUAGUUACCGUUGUUAUAAACUCCUCGGUGUUGGUGGGCCGCU